AUGACACUCAACAGGAACCAGACCUCGGGCCCAGGGCACAGCCAGAGGCCUCUGCCAGUGCUGCAGAGCAGCUGCUUGGAGCUGCCCUUAGCCCUGGAAAGACUCCUGCGCGGUAACACCGAGCGUGUGUAUCUCACGGAGGCAGGUGUGAAAGUUGCUGUCUGUUCCCUCAACGCGGUCACUUCCCAGAUCACCCCUCCGUGCACCAGUGAGAGGCAUUACGAGCAUUUUGGGCGAUGUUGCAACAAGUGUGAACCAGGAAAGUACAUGUCUGCUAAGUGUACCGCCUCCUCGGAAAGCGUCUGCCUGCCCUGCGGCCCGGACGAAUACCUGGACACCUGGAAUGAGGAGGACAAGUGCUUGCUGCACAAAGUGUGUGACACAGGCAAGGCCCUGGUGGCCGUGGAGCCCGGCAACCGGACGGCCCCGCGGCGCUGCGCCUGCACCUUCGGGUACCACUGGAGCCGGGACUGCGACUGCUGCCGCCGCAACACCGAGUGCGCGCCCGGCUUCGGCGCCCAGCACCCGGUGCAGCUUGACAAGGACACCGUGUGCCUGCCCUGCCUCGCAGGCCACUUCUCGGAUGCCUUUUCAUCCACAGACAAAUGCAAACCCUGGACCAACUGCACCACCCUCGGAGGGACCGUAGCCCACCCCGGGACAGAUAGGUCGGACAUCGUUUGCAGCUCUUCUCUGCCAUCUAGGAAACCGCCAGAUGAGCCUCAGAUCUACCUGCCCGGUUUGAUCAUCCUGCUUCUCUUCACGUCUGUGGCACUCGUGGCCGCAGUCAUCUUUGGUGUUUACUAUCGGAAAAAGGGGAAGGCGCUCACAGCUCAUCUGUGGCACUGGGUCAAUGAGGCAUGCGGCCGCCUACGAGGAAGCAAGCAGGAGUCCUCGGCCCACAGCUGCAGCCAUGCCCAGGUGGCAGCCUCGAGUCCACACGACUUUUGUGAAGGCGUCUUACUGCUGACUCUGAGAGAGAAGAUGUUUUCUGAAGACAUGUGCUGUCCGGACGGCGGUGGUGUCUGCGAAGCUGCCAGCGCGGAUGGUGGGCCCUGUGCCCUAGGAGAAGAUGCCAGGAUGCUCACUCUGGUCAGCGAGACAGAGGGGGACCCCUUCAGGCAGAUGCCCAUGGAAGACGAAUACACAGACAGGCCCGCCCAGGCCCCAGACUCCUACCUGUUCCUCACUCAGCCAGGAAGCAGGUGCACACCCCCCUUCUCUGAACCCCUGGAGGUGGGGGAGAAUGACAGCUUGAGCCACUGCUUCACCGGAACAGACAACGCAGUGGAUUCUGGAAGCUGCACCUUCAUGGACCCGCUGAGCAGGACUGACUGGCCCCCUGUGACCUCCGAAAAGUACUUGCAAAAAGAGGUGGAGCCCAGUGGCCACCCCCACUGGACAGCCAGCACCAGCUCUGCAGAUAGCUGUGCAGGCUGCGGGCCCCCUCCUGGGGUGGAGCAGACGCCCUUCCCGGGGGCCCCCCAGAGUGGACCUUUGCCCCAGUGUGCCCAUGGCAUGGGCCCUCUGUCUGAAGAAGCCGCUGACGGGGUCGAGCCAGGAGGCCUGCCCGUGGGCGGCGCUGACGGGAGUCAGCCCAGCUCAGGGAGGGGAGGCCGAGGGCCCGGAAGCCCCUCUGGGGACCAGCCGCCCGCAUCCGGAAAUGUGACUGGAAACAGUAACUCCACGUUUAUUUCCAGCGGGCAGGUGAUGAAUUUCAAGGGCGACAUCAUCGUGGUCUAUGUCAGCCAGAACUCCCAGGAGGGCCCGGCGGGCCCGGGCGGCGGCGCGGGGGAGCCGAGGACCUGCGAGGCGUCACUGUCACCGUACUUCGAACCGCAGGCUGUUGGCGACCAAGUCAACGGCCCUUCUUUCCAGAGGAGUGCGGCGGCUCUGAUUCGCAGAGUGCAGUGCUGA